GAGCCGCGCGGCCGCCGCCACUCGCGGGGCUGACAUGGCAGACGACGCAUCGCCCGACGACUCCUUCGGGCCCUCCUUUCAGGAGGUGCCCACGGACUCCAGGGAGUCCAUAAUAAAGACUGUGCUGCACAUGCUGGAGGACAACAUUGCACACUUCAAAAACGACGACUCUGAGCACGGACAGCGGCUGCACAGCGGGUUCGUGGUUCUGAAGGAGAACCUAAACAAAGUGACAGUUCUCUCGGAGUCUGUCAAAAAGGAGGCUCACCUCUACGACUUCGACUCGGACACGCCUGGGAAUGGCUACAGGAGCUUCAACAACAUCGUGCAGCAGGCCACCGUGUGUGUGUUCGAUCUCUGCAAGCAAGUGUGCACGACCAGAGACUCGAUCCUGAGGUUCAGGAAGGGACACUUUGUCAGGGAGGUUGAAGCUUGGGGCCAAACCCUUGCAUCACUUGUCACCCUUUUUGAAUACAUUGAUGAAAUGCUCUUGCCGAGAUGUGAAGAUGGCAACCUUCUCUCAGCUGUUAGCAGUUCCCCCAAUGAGUUAAUGAGUAUGCUGAAUACAGUGCCGCAGUACUCAUUCUAUGGACGUUGUUUGGGAUUCCAUUAUUACCCCUCUCUGCGUAAGACUCUGAAGUACUUGAAUAUUUGUUUGAGUGCGUUCAGUGAGGUCUACUAUGCAGAUGGGAGCUUCAUACAGAGAACCAAGAACACUGUUAUGACAGGAGGAAGAUAUGUUGUGGAUGCUGAACUGAGAUCUCGAAGAAUUGUGGACACAGUUCAGUAUGCUUCUGUUGAUUUCAUUAAAGCCUUUUGGUCUGUUGCUGAGACUGACAUCCUGACUCAGUUGCCUGGUAUUGUGGGACCUGGCUUGGCAGUCCAGCAAGUGGUGAUUGUGCCAUGUGAGGAGCAGCAGGUCACAAAGUUGGAUGGGACAGCAACAGUUGUUAUCCCUCCCCCCCAUUCACAUAUAGAGGCCAGGCCUAUCACCUGUCACCUGCUCUCGGCUCAGUUGCGUGAAGGAAUGGUAGGCGCCAAGCCAGGUGAAAAGGAAAGCAAAGGUCCGCAACCAUUGCCAAAGUCUGAGUACCUCCUCAUUCAUUGUCAUGGUGGAGGCUUUGUGACGCAGUCUACUAAAGCUCAGGAGGUAUUCUUACGUGAGUGGGCAGUUGGAGUUUCUGUUCCAAUGCUCUCUGUUGAUUACUCCCUAGCUCCAGAAGCUCGCUAUCCUCGUCCUCUGGAGGAGGUCUUAACAGUUUACUCUUGGGUUCUCAAUAACAUGGAACUCCUUGGAACCACGGGCAAGAAGAUUGUUCUAACAGGUGAUAGUGCAGGAGGGAACCUCAUAACUGGCCUCACCAUCAAGUGUCUGGAGUUGGGUAUUCGGCCACCUGAUGGUCUCUUCCUCGCCUAUACUCCUUUUGUAUUCGAGUUAGUCCCAUCGCCUGCUAGGCUGCUUGCUGUCAUGGACCCUAUGCUGCCCCUAGGAUUUGCUCUUCGGUGUCUAAAAGCUUAUGCUGGUGUGCCAAGUGGAGGAACAUCAUUAGCAACCACUCCAGGUGAUGCUACCAUAUCAACACCACCCCUGCAUACCCCAAAACUCCCCACUACACCAGAGCACUGUGAGGGAAACCCUGAAAUGGCACCAGCAACACUAGAUGCAGCCCUAGAGGUACCUCAGGGAAAAGUCUCUGACACCCAGAGUGACAACGAGUCAUUUGUAGAGGUUUCAGAGAGUGAUGUCAAAGAAGCUGAAUCCUUAGUCAAGAGCCCUUCAUUUGCUUCUGAGCCAGGGUCAGACACCCUCACGACUGUCUCACUCACAUCCGAGGCCUCCAAAAUGGACGAUUCCUUGACAAGGAAGAGCAAUGGCAAUGGAAGUCAGAAACCGCAGGAAAAGGAAGAGAGAUCCAGAAGAUAUGUAACAGAAUUUUUAGAAAAAUAUGUUCUGGACUCACGUACAGACAAGCAAGGUCGAAGAGUCCCCAUCCUUCGCACAGGAAGUGAAGAGAGUGAACAGGAUGAUGAAACUGUCCUAUUUGAGGCCCCUGGUGUAGGUGCAGGAAUUACAGCCAAGCUAGGAAGAGCUAAAGAUGCUGUAGUUAGUGGUAUAUCUGCUGGUCUCACAUCCUUUGGGCUCAAAAGAAAAGAAAGUGCCUCCUCUCCUUCAUCACCAACUCAACCAUUCCCUAAAGCUGUUGCUGAAAAACGACCAUCCCUUGGUCAGAUUUUGAUGGGCAAAAGUCCUGAACGCAGAAGCAGUCGGUGCAGUCUCACUGAGGAGUUUAGUGGAGUAGAAAUUAUUCAUGACCAUUACUUAAGUCCACUGACAGCUCCCAAGGAAAUACUUGCAAAAUUUCCACCUUGUGCAAUUUUGACUGUUGAAUAUGACUUCUGUCUGGAUGAUGAUGUUACCAUGGCCAAGACACUGAAAUCCCUCAAUGUCCCAGUCACCAUUGACAUUUUGGAGCGCCUUCCUCAUGGUUUCCUCAGUCUCUCCAUGGUAUCUCAGGAGGCGCAUGUUGGAUGCAAGAGGGCAAUUUAUCGCAUCCGAGAACUGCUUGGGUUGACUGAAGAUACGCAAGUGAAAGAAAAGGAAAAAAGUUAGACUUUAAUACUACAGUUAAGAUGUAAGAUGAGUGAGACCUUCUCAUACUUUUCCUGUUUUAUAUUAAUUUAUUGUAAAGCUGUACUAUGCAUUUUGCAGAGUUUGAAAUAGCAUAAUAAGAUGUACAGUUUAUUUUCUCACAGAAAAUUGGUAAUCUCAAUCAUCCAAAGAUAGGAAUAUUUUUGUGGAUAACUGUCCUUUGGGUUGUACCUCAUUUUGUUGAAUUGAAGCAUUCAAUACCAAGUUACAACUACACCAUAUCAAAAACCACACAAAUAUGAGAGAAAAUAUGGCUAUUUUAUUGACUAAACGUGCAAUCUAUUUCAGAUACUGAUACAUGUGAAUGUUAUUAUGAUUAGGGAAAUGAUCGAUACACAGCAAAUGGUUGUCUAUGCUAUAUACAUUUGUCUUGAACACAGUUUGUGUAGACAAAAAAAGACUAACAGAAGAACAAUAUUUAAUUUCUGCAUAGGUCCUAACUGCUAGAAUAAUGCAAGUAUUUACCACUACCUUGUUAACCCUUAAAUGUGCAAUGUUCUUUGUGUUAUAAAGUAUUCAUGGAAGAUUUGAGGAACUUUUAGUAAAAUACUGAUGAAUAAAUUGGGUAAGAUUUGCUCUUUGGUUAUAGUGAGGUUAUUAUUAUGCAAAAUAAGUAAUAAUUCCUGUGAAGAAGGGUGAGGUCCAUAGAUAUUUCACAGCAGAGCAUAAGUUGAUGCUGAAUUUUUAAAAGUCAGGUAUUUUUUUGAGUAAGUUUAAGAUCUUGGGUUGAUAACCUUUGUACUUGUCCACGAUCCAGAAAUCUCAAACUUCCCCACCAGAUUUAAAACUCUAUUUUGAGUUAAGCUUAUUUCUAAAUAAGUUUUACUUAAUAAUACAUUCAAUAGACUUCUUUAAUGUCUACUUCACUCCAUGCUUUCUUGUUCAGAUUAAGAAAAUGUUAAAGGAAAUCUCCAUUAUAUGUGGGUAUUGUUACUGAAGGGAGUUGCUUGUUCAGAUUACAUAGCUGUUAAUUAAGGGGUAAGGACCAUUUAAAGAGAUUGGACAAUUACUCUUGCUAAUGAGGUGAUACCAAUAAGUAUUAUUACUUUGUAUCCAAUGAUUAAUGAACAGAUACUUUUCUUUUUUAUGAGUUGAAUCUGUGAUAUUUGUGAUUACAGAAUGUAAGUGUUCAUUUAUCAGCAGUGAGUAAACUGCUGUUAUUAGGGAAA